UUGCCAUGGAUACGGUCAGCGCCGCAACCAGCGGGGAAGCUGCCACGGUGUCUUCAGCGCAAAAAGCAGUCUCUAGAUUGUUUACUCGGACUAAAUGACGAUGAUGGAGCAGGACGAUGAAGACCUGAAUGACUUGCGGCUUCAGUUCCAAGCGUUAGAAAAACAGCAGGAGAAAAGAAAGCUGGAGAGGAAAAAGAAGGAAACAGAUCGGCACGAGGAGGAUUUGGAUCUCUCUACUCAAGGUAUUCAGGCGGAUCAUCUCGAACACAGACUGCUACAGAGUAAGAAUCAAAAUCAGAACUUGCUGGACCAGCUCAGGGAGCUUAAGGACGAAAAUGGUCGGCUCUUCAAACUUCUGAGCGAGAAGGAUUUUGAAAUAAAACACCAGAAAAAGAAAAGAGAAGAAGAACGUCUGAUUUUAGCAGGCACGUCGGGCUUUGCAGGCGACAUCGCAGCCGCCAAGAUUGUUGAGCUGUCCAAGAAGAAUAGAGAGCUAACGGCUGAAACUGAGCGAGAAAAGAUUAAAUCCAAGGAAAACAUCAACAGAGUCAAAGAGCUCGAGAAAGAGCUGCAGGUGGCUCUGGGGCACUCUCCAGAGGGGCGGGAGGUUGGUCCCAAGUCUCCGGAUAAGAGGCCGUCUGAAGGCUUUGAGCAGGACGAUCCGGCGGUAAAGUCACUGCGGGACAAAUUAGCUGCCGCCCAGCUGAAAGCGACUGAGUAUCGCAACCAGGUUCAAUCUGUCAAACAGGAGCUGAAAGUAGCUCAGAAGGUUUUGAUCAGCGAGGUCGGAGAUGGGGUGAGCUUUCAGCAAUUACUCAACUGCCCCGGGAGUUUCAGAGGUCGCUCCCAGCAGAUAUUGGCCCUUCAGACGAGGGUGCGAGAUCUGGAGAGGCAGCUGAACCUGAACCUGUCCACUCAGCAAUGGCAGCCAAGCAUCUCGAGUGAAGAAGAAGAGUUUCUGGGCUCAGGAUUCCCUCCGAGAGCCCCUCAACGAGACAAGAACCUCGGCUACAUCCGCACCAUCGAGAAGGAGAAGAGGGAGGCCUUUGAGAGGAUCUCAGUGGACUAUGAGGCCCUCCUGAAAGACCACGACGAUGUGAGGAGAAAGCUGGACGCGUCCAAAGCCCGGAUCAAAUCCCUGUCCACCGAGGUGAAGUCUCUGAAGCUCCAGAACUGCACCCUUAUGGAGAAGGGCAAACAUGAUAAUGAGCUUGUGGAUGCUCUGCUGAAGCGGCAGACUCAGAUGCAGGAGGUGCUGAGCCGACUCGGCCGAGAGCAGCAGGCGAGGAGCGAGGAGACCCGGCGGAGCCCGAGGCAGCGGCGCAGCAGUGUGGCCCCGGCGCCCAUCCAGAAGAUUCCCCUCUCAGUCGCCAAAAGAGACGCCAGGAUCAAAGAGCUGGAGGAGGAGAUCCAGCAGCUCUCUUUCAAGGGGAAGAAACCAGGCAAAAUGACAGAAACCAUAGCAGAGACAGAGGGCACGGGGAGACCAGCCAGCCUCAAGACGGGAAUCUGCAGUUCAGAAUUCACCCCUGAAGAGGGAGACAUUAACAACAGAAUAACCUCCUCAUGUCCGGUCUCUAAAUUUGGUCAUAAACUGGUGCUGCCGGCUGUGGGAAGCGGUCUAGAAAUCAAGUCUUCGGAGGCAGAACAGGCCCCCCAGGAGGGACGCCGCGGGGCAGCAGCUGGAGAAGACCACGUCUGAUCCAAAGUAAGGGCUGUGCGAGUGGGGAGGACUGUCACGCCAAGGUCAGUGGCCGCGCGAUGUGACAAUGCCCGCCAGCCCCCCCCCCACCCCCCAAUUCUUCUCUUUUCCUCCUCUCGCAAUUUCCCCGACUCAAUUUCACCCGUCUCCGUCUCGCUGCCGUGAGCAGUGUCCCUCGGGGGGGG